UUUGAUGGGGGUGGGGUCCACAAAAAAAAACUCAUCAUGGGGGGCAUCUCACGUGAAGAUGAAGCAUUGAAAACAUUGAAAAUGACCACCCUUGAAGGGGUGCGUUGCCAGAAUCCAUACAGUCAUUGGGAGAAUCACCCCCUGACACAACCCAAGUCACUAGUCCUUGAACCGAACCUGACCUUAUGGGCCAAAGGCUUGCUUGUCACCCUUCUUCCCCGCUGGUGUAUUGUCAAUGGAAUAGUUUUCAAUGGCCCGGAAAGAUCGAAUGUUCCAUCAAAUAAACGUUUCUUGCCGCCCAGAUUUCCCCCCUGUCGUUCUGCUGGUUUUGACACUGAGGCAAACCCGAGAGAGAACUAUGAAUGAUAAAGAACCAAGGAGGGCAACAUAACUUAAAAGGAGGCGGUUAGUCUUUGUAGUCGGGAGGAAUGCGGAAAUGUUCCUGCUCUGUGUCAAACUUAUCUGAAGGGGGUCAAGGCACAUUCAGCCAGCGUGGGAAAGCGAAGAAGAGACGGAGCUCACAGGCAAGCGUUGCAUAUCCCGGGAUAAAUGGGGAAAAGAGAGUUAAAACGGGGAAAAACUGAGAAAAGCGUGGCUUGGAGAAUAUAUCACGCUUUUGUCCUAUGACCCCCCCCCCCCCCAAAAAAAAAGUUGCAGUAGGCACUGUGUUGUUGUGUAAGGCAUACCCCCUCCCCCCGGUAUUAUAGUUGCUUUGCGUGAGCUGCAGUUGCAGAGGUGGGUAGCCUACUGCUGAGGGAUGGGGGUUACAGAAGCGUGCACCAUCCGACUACCUGUGUGGCCCGGCGUGACAGUGAGGGAUCUGUGAUGUGUUGUGUCUUAGUGUGAACAUUUAUCCAAAGGGGGCAUGUUUCAUAAAUUCAUGGACACGACCAAUUGCGACUUUCACUGAUAACAUAAAAUAAGGCAUUGCAUUGCGCCAACAACUAUUUUCUGUGAGGAUGGCUUUGUAAUAACCCUGGCUCGUUACGUUCGUUGGGAUUCCCCGCAAUAUUCUCAACAAGAAAAAGAAAAAAGACGCAAAAAUGGACAAAGAAAGUGUAGCACAACAGUACGAGCCCGUCGCCGAGAUUGGGGAAGGUGCGUAUGGAAAGGUGUACAAGGCACGAGAUUUGAAGAACGAGGGACGCUUUGUAGCCCUAAAACGAGUUCGGGUGCAGACGGAGGAGGAAGGGAUGCCCCUCUCGACCAUCCGUGAGGUGGCGGUACUGAGGCAACUGGAGGCAUUCGAACACCCCAACGUGGUCAGACUGUUUGAUGUGUGUACUGUGUCUCGGAGCGACCGCGAGACCAAGCUGACCCUGGUCUUUGAGCACGUUGACCAGGACUUGACCACGUACCUGGAAAAAGCCCCUGAUCCUGGGGUGCCACCUGAAACUAUCAAAGAUAUGAUGUACCAGCUGCUGCAGGGACUGGACUUCCUGCACUCACACCGUGUGGUUCACCGGGACCUGAAACCCCAGAACAUUUUGGUCACCAGUGGAGGACAGAUCAAACUGGCUGAUUUUGGCCUCGCCAGGAUAUACAGCUUUCAGAUGGCCCUGACCUCUGUGGUGGUGACAUUGUGGUACAGAGCCCCAGAGGUGUUGCUCCAGUCCAGCUAUGCCACCCCAGUUGACCUGUGGAGUGUGGGCUGUAUCUUCGCUGAGAUGUUCAGGAGGAGACCUUUGUUUCGAGGAAACUCAGAUGUUGAUCAGCUGGGCAAGAUUUUAGAUGUGGUCGGGGUUCCCUCGGUGGAGGACUGGCCCCAGGAAGUAGCCCUACCACAGAGUGCCUUCUCCCCACGACCCCCUCAGCCAAUCGGAGAACUUGUCCCUGACAUGGACGAGCUUGGGAAAUCCCUUUUACUCCAAUUCCUGGCUUUUAAUCCCUCCAGAAGGAUAUCAGCGUUUGCUGCUCUGACCCACCCCUACUUCCAGAGUGUGGAUAGUGACACUAAGAGUGUGUACGCCCAGCCCAUCGGCAGCAACAAGCCCACCCUGGAGGAGAGAGCUGCCUGACAGCCCCCCAGCCCAGGACUGGACUGGCCUGACAGAGAGGGAGAGAAAGAGAGGGAUGGACACAAAGACUGAGAAAGAGAGCAAUAAUCAGAGACAUUUGAUUCCAAAAGGCAACAGCGCUGUCUUCCACAAUUUACCGAUUUGAAUGCUGCUUUUUAGAAUACUUUAAAAAAAAAGUUUCAACAAUGCAAGGAGCCCUGAAGCUGAGAUGUACUGCCACCAGGAGAGAACCUCUGGAUGUCCAGGAGCUGCUGCCUCUUGUCUCUCCUUCCUUAGCUUGAGAAGAGGCUCCUUGGUGGGGGAACACCAAGCACCAAGGGUAGGUCGGCAUGGACCUCACCUGGAGCUCACCUUCACAACAACCGAGAGAGAUGACACACACACACACAUUUUAAUCCGAUGCAGGAGGACCUCACACACUGCCUAGUGCUACUUCUGGUCCAAACAAACAUGUGUGUUUUUAUAUCACUGCCACCUACAGGUUGUCCUGUGUUACUGCAGGCCAGAGCAGGAUUUCUGAUGGGCUUCAUCUUAUAAGACUUUGACUGGUGCGAUCAGGAAAGACUGAAAAUGUGUCACUUUGAGUUCCUCUUAUGGCAUCCGUACUUCAGUGUCAUAAACUGUGAUGAAAUCUGAUUGACUCCAUUCGAGACUCUAUGUAUGACCUGAUGCACAGGGCAUAGUAAAGUGACUGUUGAAUGAGAAUAAGGUCGAUGUACGCACUAUUCAGCACAAUUACAUUUGGCAUAAAGGCAUGAUUCUGUAUUUCCUAACUUAAUUUUAAAGUUAUUGACAGUUGAUGUCUUAUUUUCUAUUUUGUCUUAAUUUUAUUGGACUUUAACAACAUGUGGGGAUUGAAAUGUAAAUCUCUGGUAAGAUCUAGAAAGAAUAUAAGGUAAUAUCCAAGGGAGGAAAGGUUUGACUAUGUGAGGCAUGUAGAAUGGUAUAGAGUUAGAUACUGCACUAAUACUGUCAGUAGUGGGGAAUAGCUGGUUUUACUUGCAUAUCCAGCACACUGACAUGUGUAGCAGGAUAGUAGUAAGGUCAGUGUAGGUGUGGGUCAGUGAAAUGUUCUUCGUUGGGAGAUUGUUUAGAGAGAAAAGGCAGGCUGAUAUGUCGGAUUCAGAGGAGGUUCAACAUUGUACCUGCUUCAUUUAGACUGAGUCUCUAAGGGUUACAUAGAAACAUACAGUGGUUCAUGUUGAAACACACAGCUGUUCUGUGUUAAGAAUGGUUGUUUUAAUACCCUACGUAUUAUGCUCACUUUGAUUCAAUAUGACUAGCUAGAGUGCUUUCAGAGUUGCUCCCUCCUUGGGAUUGGCUGAAAACUAGUCAAGGAAAAUAAUUAGUUUGUUUGAAAAACUUCUUACUGCACAGUAAUACAUCUAGACCAUAACUUUCCCUCUGGUAUAUCUAGUGCUGCUAGCACACAAAUACACUCAGGAUCUUAUUAGAAAUCAAAUCAGAAAUCAUUCUGACACACUUUGCACAUUCAUGAUUAGGCUGCAUCAACUGUUUCAUUGGAUGAUGUUAAUUGACCAACUGUUUCAUUGGAUGAUGUUAAUUGAUCAACUGUUUCAUUGGAUGAUGUUAAUUGAUCAACUGUUUCAUUGGAUGAUGUUAAUUGAUCAACUGUUUCAUUGGAUGAUGUUAAUGGAUCAACUGUUUCAUUGGAUGAUGUUAAUUGGUCAACUGUUUCAUUGGAUGAUGUUAAUUGGUCAACUGUUUCAUUGGAUGAUGUUAAUUGGUCAACUGUUUCAUUGGAUGAUGUUAAUUGAUCAACUGUUUCAUUGGAUGAUGUUAAUUGAUCAACUGUUUCAUUGGAUGAUGUUAAUUGAUCAACUGUUUCAUUGGAUGAUGUUAAUUGGUCAACUGUUUCAUUGGAUGAUGUUAAUGGGUCAACUGUUUCAUUGGAUGAUGUUAAUUGGUCAACUGUUUCAUUGGAUGAUGUUAAUUGAUCAACUGUUUCAUUGGAUGAUGUUAAUUGAUCAACUGUUUCAUUGGAUGAUGUUAAUGGGUCAACUGUUUCAUUGGAUGAUGUUAAUUGAUCAACUGUUUCAUUGGAUGAUGUUAAUGGAUCAACUGUUUCAUUGGAUGAUGUUAAUGCUACAACAUGAUUGUGCUUCUAUACUCAUAUUACAGAAUUCCUGACCGUGUGAAUCAAACUGCACGUUUGCUACGAUACAGUAUGUUUGAUAUCUUAAUUGUUUUUCAGUGUCGGGGCGCAUAUGGUUUAAUCUAAUACAUGAUAAAAUAAAAAACCACAUGAAAGAAUUUUGGACGUAGCUCCCCUCUCCAUGUAGAGUUGUUUUGUACUCAUCCUUGUCCUGUCAGAUGAUUCAUGCCAUUGAUGGAUACAUUGCAGACUUCAUAUUACAACUCUGUAGAAAUAGGGAUUGUCAAGCUUUCUUGGUAUCGGUCAGUUCAACGUCAACUGCCCUAAUAAGUAGACUGUCAUCAUUGUAGUCUACAUUAUAUAAACUUGAAGCAAUCAAUGUAUGUUUUUGUUUGGUUUAAGAGGUUUAUUGGUCAUUUGUAACUUAAAACAUGGGACAGGAAUACUUUUGUCUAUGUAAUAUAAAAUAAUAAAAGUAUACUUUUUUACAGCCACCUACCUGGGGUCUGCCAUAGAUUUCCUAUGAUUGCAGAAAUGCACCUAUGAUAGCUCUGUAUUGUAAAUACCCUUUAGCCAAUGAACAGUAAAGAAACAUGUAGUAUUUUAGCACAUUUUCUAAGCUCCAAGGAUGAAAGUAAAGGCCACAAAUGUAUUUGAAAUGCCCACUUGUGACAUGGUAACUUCAUUUACAAUGAUGAUAUGGAGGUAAUGGGCAUUAUGUUUACCUGAAUAAAUGCCACCAGUGGUGAUUGCUUCAUGUUGUACCAUUUGAAUAAAAAAUAUGCUUUGUA